UAAAUAAAUAAAUAAAAUAGAGAUAUAGAGCUAUUGGUCAAUUGGUCCUUUUGGCCAAGGGCAAGUCCUCCCAAGUGUCUCUGGAAUUGGAGACAACUGCAAGGGCUGAGAGGGAACUCUUUAGGAAUUGCACUGAUUCAAUAGCAACAUGAGUUAAGAGUUUGACUGGAGAAGGUAAAAAGAUGUGAUCUGAUUAGGAUCUUAAUGUCAUUAGAAAGACUGUAGACUGUAGAGCAGGGGUCUCCAACCUUGGCAACUUUAAGACUUGUGGACUUCAACUCCCAGGUUAAAUUCUGGGAGUAGAAGUCCACAAGUCUUAAAGUUGCCAAGGUGGAAGACCACUGCUGUAGAGUAUUUGAAACUUGGGGAUGGAUAGAUUGGCCUCUGUGGCUCAGACUGCUAAUGCAGUCUGUUAUUAACAGCAGCUGCCUGCAAUUACUGCAGGUUCUAGUCCCACCAGGCCGAAGGUUGACUCAGCCUUCCAUCCUUUAUAAGGUAGGUAAAAUGAGGACCCAGAUUGUUGGGGGCAAUAAGUUGACUUUGUAUAUAAAUAUACAAAUAGAAUGAAGACUAUUGCUAACAUAGUGUAAGCCACCCUGAGUCUUCGGAGAAGGGCGGGAUAUAAAUGCAAAAAAAAUAAAAAUAAAAUUAAAUAAAUAAAUAAAUAAAUAAUAGAUAUAUCCCAUUAAUGGGGGAUGGGUUGAUCUCAGAUUUGCAGAAUCGAUUAGAUCCCCCAAUAGUGCAGGGACAGGCCACGCAUGGGACUCCAGAGGCUGGUAUACUAAGACUCCCAGCAACCUCGAGCUGCAGUCGAGCAUCAUAUAUAGUCCAUGUCCUUGGCAGGUGAAAGUAAUUUAGGCAGGUACACAUCUUCUAAGGAUGAAGAGUUGAAGUACCUUGGAAGCCCUUGCUGUGCCAAAUUUUCCUGAUCUUCAUCUUUCAGCAGCUUAAAAAAGAGUCCAGCAAAAAGAAGAAGCAAAGUCACUGAAAAUAGGAACCUGUUGCUUCACGAGAUGAAUCCACUAGCCAUCCUCUUUGUCAUGCUGAGCGCAUUCUUCGCAGAGAUGGGAGCUUCGACUUACCAUUGGCAGAGACAACAGAAGCUGCCAAGGAAAAUUAAACAUGACUACAAAGGUUGUGGCUGUUUGAAUGGAGGAACUUGCUUGACUUAUGGUCUGUUUUCUCGAAUUAAGUCCUGCGUGUGUCCUGAAGGGUAUAACGGAGAUCACUGUGAGAUAGAUGUUGAAACCAGAUGUUAUACUGGGGAUGGCACUGACUACAGAGGGACUGAGUCAGAGAACGAGAAUGGGGAAACAUGUCUCUCUUGGGACUCCCAUUUUCUCAAAAGGUGGCCCUACAGUGCACACAUGGAAAAUUCGCUGGAGCUUGGCUUAGGCAGACACAACCAUUGCAGGAAUCCUAAUGGCAGUUCUAAGCCAUGGUGUUAUGUUCGGAAGGGAUAUCGCACUUCUGUGACACCUUGUGACGUACCCAUGUGUCAAAAUGGCAGGACGUGCGGCCAGAGGAACUUAAGCAAGAACUUCAAGAUUGUGGGUGGGCAGACGGCCCCUAUUGAAUCCCAGCCUUGGAUAGCCACCAUCUUCCACUCCAGAGGAAAUCAGUUUUUUUGUGGUGGCAGCCUCAUUGACCCCUGCUGGGUCCUUACAGCAGCACAUUGCUUCUCGGACACUGGCUCCGAUACAUCCAGGUUCAUAGUUAGGCUGGGGAGGUCUGCAACAAAUGCCAGCAAUCCAAACGAUCAAGAAUUUAGGGUCGAGAGGCUUAUCAUUCACGAGGCAUUUUCAAAACAAACUAGAGAUUAUAACAACGAUAUCGCCCUAAUAAAGAUCAGGUCCUCUUCUGGCCAAUGUGCGAAAGAGUCGGCCAUUGUCAAAACCAUCUGUUUGCCCUCGGAGAAUUUAAUGCUGAGAGACCGUUCCCACUGUGAAGUUUCUGGCUAUGGAAAACAACAGAAAACAGCCAUUUACUACUCACGAGUACUGAAAUCAGCUAGUGUACAACUAAUACCCCAGGCCACGUGUAAAAGAUACUACGAGAGUCACAAGGUGACCGAGAACAUGCUCUGCGCUUCAGACUCGGAGUGGAAGUCUGACUCAUGCAGCGGAGAUUCAGGUGGUCCCCUCACCUGCAUGUCCAACAGCAGGAUGGUUCUCUAUGGGAUCGUCAGCUGGGGAGAUGGCUGUGCAAAGGAAGGGAAGCCCGGCGUGUACACCAGAGUCAGCAGAUACAUCCCUUGGAUUGACUCCAACAUGAAUAGAAUCCACUUCAGAAGUUUCUACCCUCCGAAAUGAAAGGGGAUGGAGCCUUUUUCCUUUGCUUGGUGUUAGCCAUGAUGUCAGACACAUGGAAUUUGAGCCAAGUCUUUGCAGGUGUUGAAAUGCCAAGCCCAGCAGUUGGAGUUGAUGGUUCUUUUUCAAGGACUUGUUUGUUAAAGUUUGGGCAAUUUCUCUUUGGAGAGAGAGAGAUACUCAGCCCAUGGUUGGGAACAAUACAAAAACUAUCCCAUACCAAACCACCCUACUUAACUCUUAAAUAGGACAUUUAAGUGGGAUUUAAAUCACGUCCCACAGAAGAGUUGGCGUUAUACAAUCUUAGUGAUUUUUUUAAAAAAAAGAUUUUAGUAAGGUUUUAAAAUCGAUAAUUAAUUUACUAACAGCUAACACUGUUGUACAGAAAUGUACAAUUUGAUAUUUUAAAAUAUUGCAGUAUUAAUUUGAAUGAAAUUUAAAAAACUUUUAACUGGGAUUGCACAGGUUGAUAUUUGCUAUGUUUAGCUGUCUUUUUAACUGCCUUUUAAAAAAAAAAUUGAAAAUGCAAUCUGACACAAUAUUGAGGUAAAAAUACAUCAUUCCUCAGUACUUAUUGACAUUCCAGUUUCUAUGAAAACAAUAGUGUAGAUACAACAAUACAUUAAAAAAAUUACUCUGGUUGUGUUUUACAUGUGAACCAGUCUUGGCACUUGUUCGUUAGUAUCUUCCCAACUAUGUUGGAGAUAAAACAAGGUUUUAAGCAAAUGAUCCAUUUUAGGGCCCACCUGAGAAUAUUUUUUUAUUCUCAGGUUUUUGUGCCAUAUACAAUUUGAAAUAAUUGCAAUGUAGUAAAAAAUGUUGGGAAUACCUAUGUGCUACUGAUGACAUUUAUUAAAACUCCAAGAUUAGAGUCUUCAUUAUUUCUCUAAGCAAGCAGGCCCUUCUUUUUUAAAAUAGUAGAAAGUUUUUAGGUCCGUGGAGAACUUUGGCUAGGGCAUUUGUGCUCAGUAAGUCAGGAAGCAGAAUGUCUAAAGAAUUUUUUAAAAAAAUGAAGGCAGGAACAUAAUCCAUAAGAAAGUGCUUCCGUUGAAAUUAAUUGGAGCUAUGGUUGAUAAAUGAUUUUGAACUUCUCAAACUAUUUCUGGUAUUACUUUUGUUUUAAAAGGUCAGAAAUGCAUUAGACAUUUUGUUUAAAAGCCUUAGGAAGCAAGUGUUAGAACAUUUCUGAAAUUAUAAUGUUCAGAGUUACAUUUCCCUGCUAUAAAUUCACGAGAUAAAGAGUGUUGUAUUCAGUGUGGUUAAAUCAUCAUUGUACUUCAGCAUCCUCCAUCUUGGUCUUCUAGAAACUUCUGUGGACCCUUGGUCCCUCUCUUAAUGACAGAUCUGACUGUAAUUGUUUAGCAGAAAAGUGGCUACAAUUUAGUACGGUCAAAUUCCACCAAUGUUCAAUAGCACAAGGCACAAGAGAAAAACAUUUAACUUCAUUAAGCUAAAGAGCGAAACAGCCCUUGAAGACAGGAGUUGACAUGGAAUGUUGGAAAUUUAAUGGGAUGCUCAGAAUUCUUUGAUAAAAUUAUGAGCCAUAGCAAAAUGAUGUAAGUUGGUAAUGCAGAUUCGUCUACAGUUUUAAGUUCAAAUGUAUUCUCAGGGGUAAUUCCAUAAAUGUCCCAAUUUUCAAAUGUAUCUACCAUCUCUUCUGACUAUUGAAUAUAACCUGAACAAGGUUGGAAUUUGAUCAACACAAGUAGUCACAUAAAAUGUUGUUUAACUCAGGGGUCUCCCACCUUGGCAAUUUUAAGACUUGUGGGCUGCAACUCCCAGAAUUCCUCAGUCAGCAAAGCUGGCUGAGGAAUUCUGGGAAUUGCAGUCCACAAGUUUUAAAGUUGCCAGGGUUGAAGGCCCCUGGUUUAAUGUAUAGUUUGGCAAUUUACUUGUUUUCUGUGACUCAUAUAUAGUAUUAGCUUUUUAUAAUAUUCUUUUAUUGAAUGAACUGAUAAUUUGUAAUGGGGGCUGGUACCCUUCCUUGUUAUUUAAUAUUUUUACUUUAUUUAACUUAUUGUUAAUAUAUAUUACAGGUUUGAACAACCAAUAAAUUUCCCUGUUAAUAAGA